AUGUCCGGGGUCCCAAGCAGACCGGCCAGUUAUGCUGCCAUGCCACCGGUGCCUUCAGGGUUCAGCCAUCUUCUCAAUCCGUCGCCAAAUCCACCUUUUACUCUUUCUCGCCUGCGCCUAUUUGUGCGGCAACAGCCCGCGGCAGCCCGAACUUGUGCCGCCGGUGACAAGAGUCGCCGUUCCGUUGACCCAUCACCAAUUCUUCAGCUUCUCAUGACCGAUUUUGACUCUCAAUCCGAGGAAGACAUCAAAAUGUUGAAACACAGCCAGCACGUUGUUGCUUGCCAUCUGUUUGCUGUCUGCGAAAAUGUUUCGGGGGCUGUGGGGGGCCGUGUAGCCGACGAGGUUUCACACCAACCGACGCCCAAUGGACAGAAGGAGGAAGAAGAAGAGGAUUCAAUCCGCAACGUGUACGGUAAAACAUACGUCAGCCCGUUCUUCGUCGAAGCGGAUCCCGAGCCCUCCAAGGCACCUUCGCACCCAGGAUCGGUAUGCAAAGGAACACCGUCGCCGAUUCCCAGCACUUUUUUCGUCUUUGCCGAUCUUCGCAUACCAACAGCAGGGGUUUAUCGGCUUCGUUUCCGGCUUAUAAACGUUGGCGAGCCAACGGUGACCGGUAAAAUACCAAUCUUGCACGAGGUUUGGUCGGACUCCUUUCGAGCAUUUGCGUCCAAGGACUUUCCAGGGAUGAGGCCCACUCCGUACUUAUCUGAAAAGUUGAAGGCACUGGGAGCAGAUGGUGCCAAGUCCAGAAAGGCCAAGUAA